GAAGUUGCGUCACAGACGCGCCAAAAAAGAAUUUGGAAGCCGGCGAGUUCAGGUUGAGUAGCUAAACAUCUCCCCGCGAGCCUCUGAGGUGUAGGGGGAAACAGGUCCCCGAGCUGCUCCAACAGAUGAGACUCGGCCCCUGCGCGAGGACGUCAGGAGGACUGCGACCCAAGGGACUUCGCCAGAAGUCACCUGAGGAGCUCAGACCUCAGUCUCUUCGUGUCCCCGUCUGUCUCCCCCCACCCUUCUCCGGAACGAGGGGAGAGCCAGGCGGGGCGCACCAGCUGCCACCCAGGGCCCUGCCCAGCUGAAAACCGAGAGAGCUCUGGGACCUCUAUUCUUUGCAAAAAAUAUGAAUGGAGACUAUAGAGGCAGAGGAUUUGGACGAGGAAGAUUUCAAAGCUGGAAAAGAGGAAGAGGUGGUGGGAGUUUCACAGGAAAAUGGAGAGAGAGAGAACGUAGACCUGACCUGAAUAAAACCACAAGAAAACAUACUCCUGAACAAACCCCACAGUCUUUGCUACUGCAAUCAACAUUGGACCAAUUAAUACCAUAUAAAGGCUGGAAGCUUUAUUUCUCUGAAGUUUACAGCAGUAGCUCUCCUUUGAUUAAGAAGAUUCAAGCAUUUGAACGUUUUUUCACAAAGCGUAUUGAUCUAUAUGAUAAGGAUGAAAUAGAAAGAAAGGGAAGUAUUUUGGUGGAUUUUAAAGAACUGACAGAAGACGAUGAAAUGGCUGACUUGAUACCAAAUAUAGCAAAUGAGUUGAGGGAUACACCUGAGGAAACCUUGGCUUGCAUGGGUCUGGCAAUACAUCAGGUGUUAACAAGGGACCUUGAAAGGCAUGCAGCUGAAUUACAAGCCCAAGAAGGAUUGUCUAAGGAUGGGGAAACAAUAGUAAAUGUGCCACAUAUUCAUGCAAGGGUCUAUAACUAUGAGCCAUUGACACAGCUCAAGAAUGUCCGGGCAAAUUACUAUGGAAAAUACAUUGCUCUGAGAGGGACAGUGGUUCGAGUCAGUAAUAUAAAGCCUCUUUGCACCAAGAUGGCUUUUCUUUGUGCUGCAUGUGGAGAAGUUCAAGGUUUUUCUCUUCCAGAUGGAAAAUAUAAUCUUCCCACAAAGUGUCCUGUGCCCACAUGUCGAGGGAGGUCAUUCACUGCUCUCCGUAGCUCACCUCUUACGGUUACGAUGGACUGGCAGUCAAUCAAAAUCCAGGAGCUGAUGUCUGAUGAUCAGCGAGAAGCAGGUCGGAUUCCACGAACAAUAGAGUGUGAACUUGUUCACGAUCUUGUGGAUAGCUGUGUCCCAGGAGACACAGUGACCAUUACUGGAGUUGUCAAAGUCUCAAAUGCUGAAGAAGGUUCUCGAAAUAAAAAUGACAAAUGCAUGUUCCUGUUGUACAUUGAAGCAAAUUCUGUUAGUAAUAGCAAAGGACAGAAAACAAAGACUUCUGAGGAUGGGUGUAAGCAUGGAGUGUUGAUGGAGUUCUCACUUAAAGACCUUUAUGCCAUCCAAGAGAUUCAAGCUGAAGAAAACCUGUUUAAACUCAUUGUCAACUCACUUUGCCCUGUCAUUUUUGGUCAUGAACUUGUUAAAGCAGGCUUGGCAUUAGCACUUUUCGGAGGAAGCCAAAAAUAUGCAGAUGACAAAAACAGAAUUCCGAUUCGAGGAGAUCCACAUGUCCUUGUUGUUGGAGAUCCAGGCUUGGGAAAGAGUCAGAUGCUACAGGCAGUAUGCAACGUUGCUCCCCGUGGUGUGUAUGUUUGUGGUAAUACCACAACCACCUCUGGCUUGACUGUAACUCUUUCAAAAGAUAGUUCCUCUGGAGAUUUUGCUUUGGAAGCCGGUGCCCUUGUACUUGGCGAUCAAGGUAUUUGUGGGAUAGAUGAAUUUGAUAAGAUGGGGAAUCAACAUCAAGCCUUGUUAGAAGCUAUGGAACAGCAAAGUAUUAGUCUUGCUAAGGCUGGCAUGGUUUGUAGCCUCCCUGCAAGAACAUCCAUCGUUGCUGCUGCAAAUCCAGUUGGAGGACACUACAAUAAAGCCCGAACAGUUUCUGAGAAUUUAAAAAUGGGGAGCGCCCUACUGUCCCGAUUUGAUUUGGUCUUUAUCCUGUUAGAUACCCCAAAUGAGGAUCAUGAUCACUUACUCUCUGAACAUGUGAUUGCAAUAAGGGCUGGAAAGCAGAGAACUGUUAGCAGUGCCACCGUAGCUCGCAUAAAUAGUCAGGAUUCAAACACUUCUGUACUUGAAGUGGUGUCUGAUAAGCCCUUAUCAGAAAGAUUAAAGGUAGUUCCUGGAGAAACAAUAGAUCUAAUUCCCCACCAGCUAUUGAGAAAGUACAUUGGUUAUGCUCGGCAGUAUGUCUAUCCAAGGCUAUCCACAGAAGCUGCUCGGAUUCUUCAGGAUUUUUACCUUGAACUUCGGAAACAGAGCCAGCGGUUAAAUAGCUCACCCAUCACCACUAGGCAGCUGGAAUCUCUGAUUCGUCUAACAGAGGCACGAGCAAGGUUGGAAUUAAGAGAGGAAGCAACCAAAGAAGAUGCUGAGGAUAUAGUUGAAGUUAUGAAAUAUAGAAUGGGGACUGGAUCCUGGACAAAAAAAUCAAGCAGCAUUCAGAGACCUUGAACGAUCACGAAGGUUUAAUUUAUGCUGGCGGGCUCAGAGGAGAGUAAUCUCUCUAGGUCUGAGCCCCAAGCACAAACAAAGGGGGUAGUUUAUACACUUUUACUUCCAUAUCUGUGCCACUCUUAUGUCUGUGGCCUGUGGGGCUAGGUGGGGUUAGAGGAAAACCUGGAAUGGCUCUGGGGCCGGGACUUGGAUUCCCUUGCUGGAUUGGUCGGCCGCCUCAGAACACAGAUUUAUUUUAUCAUUCCCCCCUUUGAUGCCCUUUUAAACGCCUGGUUUAGAGGGCAUCAUUUUUAUUAUCUAUGGGGUAAUAGUAAGGAGCAGCUGGAGUCUGAUCUUCGGAAUGUGUGAUAAGCCUGGUAAGGGCAUUAAAAAUACAAGGACCAAAUGCUACUGUGAGGAGGAGCAUGAGGAGGGGGCCGAUGAGGGGGGUGAACCAAGGGAACCAUUUGCUAGUAACGGUAAUGCGAGAGUUGAGAGGUCCCCCCCGCUCCCACUAAUGCCAGGUCAGGCAAGCUAAUGGCAGUGAGGAGGAACAGCACACCAUGUAGCAGAAGACCAGGACUGACUAGGGUCAGGAAAACCAUGGUGAAAUGUGCUUAGGAGUAGACCUCAGUUGUGGGUCUACAACCUUAGUUAGAGGGAGCCAUUGUGGCUAGCCGGAUAGCAGGUAAAACCUGUGGACAAGUAAGGGCAGUAAAACACCCUAGGAUUACUCAGUAAACAACAAUAAUGGCAAGUCUCUGGGGGAAACUCCAGUCAGAAGGGGCAACAGUAUAGAGUCCAACCCCUAGGAUGAGGAAUAUCAUGCUGAUGAGAGCUAGGGACCAGGGCAAGCAGGUGUUCAUUAUUUGGUGGGGUCUCGUCAGAGAUGAAGCCAGAGCGGAUCUGUAGGGUUUGACUGGACUUUCCACUGGUGUGGCUCUUCAUCGGAGUGAUGGGCUUUUUUUCAUUCUGGAGUGUUGGACCCAUAGGGUGAUACCAGAAACCCUAAGGGUAGUAAGGGUAGUUAGAACAACAAUGUGAGACCCUGUCCACUAUGGUUUGAGGGGGUCCUUUUUUUAUCUUUGAUCUACACUGCCUAGGAGUGUACCUGGGACCCUAAGGAGGUUGGGGCCCUCUCAGGGCCUUUGUAGUUAUUUAAGGUGGUCCCAGAGCUUGAAGGGUUUGUUUUGUUUUGUUUUAAUCUCCAAUUUGAUGGAAGUUUCCUGGAAGGCUCCCCAGGCAUGGGGGAGGCCAUCCAUAUGCUAAUUUGAAAGGGGAGUAAUAUAGAGUCCCAGGUGUGCAGCAGGCAUGUAGGAGGUGGGGUAGCAGAUUUGGCCAUGGGAGGCUAGUCUCCUGACAAAACUUUGCUAAGGUUCCCUUGAGGGUGUGAUUCAUUUGCUGUUUUCCCUGAGCUUUGGGGCUGGUAGGCAGUGUGGAGUCUCCAGGUGAUGCUGAGAGACUUGGUUAAGACUUGUACAAUGUCUGCUACAGUGUGGGCCCACUGUCACUAUGGAUUGUUAGUGGCAGGCUGAACUGGGGCAUGAUCUCCCACAAGAGGACUUUGGCUACUUCCCGGCUUCACUCCAUCCUGGUCGGGAAGAUUUUGAC